AUGGAUCCCAGCAUCAUCCUAAAGACCUUGACUGGCAUCGAUGACAGCAUUCUGGCGACAGUUCUGGCUCAGCUCAUGCAGAGCAAGCCCGAGCUUGCCCCAGGCCUUGUCAAUGUCUGCGUCCCCGACUUGACCUUCGCACCAAGCAAGGGCCUGACCGAGAAGCGCUGCAUGGGCACCAUAGGGAAGCUGAACCCGGCGAUGGGCAUGGGCUUCAUCAUGUGCCCAGAGCUUAGCGCUGUCUUCGGGUGCGACGUCAUGGUCAAAGCAUUGCAAGUUGCGGGCUUUGUGGAAGGACAAGAGGUCAACUUUGCUGUGACCUUGAAUGAGGAGAACAAGCCACAGGCUUUUGACCUAAUAGACUGCAAGACCGGAAUGAAUGGUGUCCAGAUGGGCUGCAGCAUGGGCUGUGGUGGAAUGCCCUCUAUGGGGGACAUGGGGCCCGGCUGUGGUAUGGGUUGUGGGAUGGGGAGUUGUGGCUGCGGCGGCUGUGGCGGCUGCGGCAGCUGUGGCGGCUGCGGCGGCUGCGGCUGUGGCGACGGCUGUGGUAUGGCUUGUGGCUGCGGAGGCUGCGGCUGUGGUUGCGGCGGCUGCGGCGGCUGCGGCAUGGGCAGCUGCGAUGGCAUGGGCGGUGGAGACAUGAUGGGCAUGAAUCCGCCGAUGGGUGGUAUGGGUGGUCCGCCAGGAUCAAAAGGCGGUGGAAAAGCCAAUGAGGAGGUCCUGGGCGAGUUCUACGGGAUCAUAAAGAGCUACAACCCCGAGAAAGGCUUCGGCUUCAUCGCAUGCGAUGCUCUUAAGCAGCAGCACGAGGGCGAUGUCUACCUGAAUAGCAGGCAUGUGGGGGAGUUCAAAGUCGGCCAGGAGGUGAAGUUUCAAGCCUUCCUCCACAAUGGCCGACUGCAAGGCCGCGACCUACAGGACGCCACUGGGCUGGUUGGCCCCCAGAGUGGUGCUGCACCUGGUUUCGCUGAAGAGCAGGAGCUGGGCGUCUUCUCUGGAAGGAUCAAAAACUUCCAUCAGGACAAAGGCUUCGGCUUCAUCGUCUGCGAAGCCCUGAACAUGCAAGGCUUCCAGGGCGAUGUCUUCCUGCAUCAGAGGCACAAGGGGGAUUUCAGGGAAGGCGACAGCGUUGCGUUUACGGCUGUGCUCCGAAAUGGGAAGCUCCAAGCCAAGGAUCUCGAGCAAGCGCCGCCAGGUGGCCAAGGCAUGGGCAUGGGCUGCGGCAUGGGCCCAGGCAACAUGGGUGGCGCAUGCAUGGGUGGGCCUAUGAACGGGCCAAUGGGCGGUCCUAUGGGUGGCCCUAUGGGCGGGCCCAUGGGUGGGCCCAUGGGUGGUCCGAUGGGUGGUCCUAUGGGCAACCCGAUGGGUGGCCCAAUGGGCGGCCCUAUGGGUGGUGCCAUGGGUUGCCCCAUGGGCGAUUGCAUGGGUGGUUGCAUGGGUGGUCCAAUGGGUUGCGGCAAAGGCUGCGGCAAGGGGUUUGGAGACAAGGGCAAAAAUGAGCAGCCGCAGUCAAUGACCUUGCAAGAGAUGGCCCCGAUUUCGUCUAGCGAGCGACCGACGGACGAAGCCGAGGCGCUGCGCCUAUCGACAGCUGCCACACGGAUGCGCCCCAACCAGCAGUUGCGGAGUCAAAUGAAGUCUGGAUGCCUUCGUUCCGUGUUUGUUCUUGCUAUCAUCUCUCUGAGUGUGUUGGCAAUGUGGGCAAUUACCACGUCCCAGGCCACGGAGGAUGAUUUCUUCUUCAAUUGCAGCACUCAUCUCACGAGCAACCAUGUGGCGCUGGCUUUCAGUACGGCCCUGGCUGGCGUAGUAGCGCUUUGGAUCUGGUUGGUCGCGCCGACGCAGCACAUGGUUCGAUCGUCCUACUUCUUGAUGCUCAAUUGGAUUGCGGGCUUUGCGAUUUCUUGUAGCAUGCUCUCCGUCCGGUGCUAUGCUCGACAUAGAUGUGUGGGGCGACUUCUCUGGUUCGAGCUAACCGUGCUUGUAUGUGUGUUUCCUGGCUGCAUCGCAUUGGCGACAUACGACCCUGAGUUCAUUGGGGACGGAGCGCUUUUGCUCUCUGACGGUUUGAUGGUACUUUCCAUUCUGGCCGAACUGAUUGUUUUCUUGCUGUGGUUUAUUCUGGUUACCGUGACGCUGUGCCGCGCCUAUUCAGUGAUCCAGGGUGUUCUGUGGAGAGUCACUUCCGCAGAGAUGCCAGAGGCUGCCAAAGAGCUACGUUCUGGACGGAGAGGAGCUUUGCUACAGAUGGCUGGGCUGGUCAUUAGUUCAGUCACAGCCCUUAGCUUCGUGGCAUUGGCACUACUUGGUCCUUCAUUGCAUGUGCGAAGCAUGGGCAGCGGUGUCCUUGCGGAGGACGGAGGCUCCCCAGACCUCGACAUGCUUGUAAUUGUAGUAUGUCUCACUGUCCUUCUGAACACAGUCGGCAUUGUUCUUCUGUCGGGGGCGCAUCGUUUGCUUCGUUGGAGUUCUGCCCAGGCUUUGCCAGCACUCCCUUGGAGUUCUUUCAAGUCUUGUACACGUAGAGGCCGGAGGGUGCCCAGGAAAAUCAGCAAAGGAGAAGAGUGGGAACGAAAGACUGAAGAGCUCAGUGGCCGGGGAAUAACCUUGAAGGACCUCAUUUCCUUUUACAAGCACUUGUGCGAGAGUGGCGAGAGUGCUAUGCCGACCUACCAGCCGUCGCUGCACACCACCAGUGACGUCGUGCGACGGGCGAUCAUCCCCAUGACACAUACAGCCUGCAGCUCCUAUGCUGAGCUAGUUAGCAGAGGGAACAAGGUGAUCCCCAAGAAAAUGGUCAUUCACAACUGGUCAAACCUCUUCCGUGACUUGCUGGCAAGUGUUGUAGCAGAUGCAAUUGGUGAGCACACCUUUCACAUGAUUGCGGAGCUCUUAUCAGACCAAGCUGGGGUUCAAGUCGUGGAGCAGCUUCUUGUCCACAAGCAGUGCAUGCAGGAGACCUACUGGAUAUGCGCCUUCGCAGUGAACCAACACCGCGGUAUUUGUUCUACCCACUCCCCUGGAGAUGUUGACCCGGUGACAAGUAUUCCACAUCCUGUCUGCUGUUGCAACACUCUAAAGUUCUUCAACAAAACGCCUCCGGUCAGUUCUGAUGGUGGGAGCAUCAGCUGUGAAAUGAACAAGUUUGAUGACAUGAUGGCAUACCUUUCGUCAAAAGACCCCCAGUUUUCAGCGGUGAUUGUUGCAGACACAUCAUUGGAUAUCUUCAGUCGAGCCUGGUGCAUGGCAGAGGUGGCGGAAGCCCAGCAGAUUGGAAUGGCUCAAUGCCUCAAACUGCGAAACAGGGACACCUUGGUGGCCAGGUCCCACUCCUUGCAAGAACUUAAAGUAGAAACCAUGUCCGCCAGACGGCCUGAGGAUAUGGAUGAGAUCCUGGGCAAAAUCCCAGACAAGCAAGCUUUCAACGAGAAUUUGCGGGACAUCAUAUUCGAUGAGCACGCCGGGCUCAUAGCUCACUGGAGCCAUGAAGAUUCCAAGCAAAAGAUGGAAUUGGUAGCACGCGUGCUGAAAUGGGCAGUUUUGUCGGAGGCUGUGGAGAAUGGCCUGCUGGUUUGGAGGCGAGGCAUAAUGUAA